AUGCAGACGGCUUGCAACGUCAAGGUUCGCGAUUGCUUAGCCGCGGCUUCCAUCACUCUAAGACGGUUCCUGGGCUUGGGGGCGACCAUGGCAAAAAGCAAGUUCGAGUACGUACGGGACUUCGAGGCUGACGACACCUGCCUGCCCCACUGCUGGGUAGUAGUGCGGCUGGACGGCAGGAAUUUUCAUCGGUUUGCUGAGAAGCACAACUUUGCAAAACCUAAUGACAGCCGUGCCCUCCACCUGAUGACCAAAUGUGCCCAGACAGUAAUGGAAGAACUGGAGGAUAUUGUGAUUGCAUAUGGACAAAGUGAUGAGUACAGCUUUGUGUUCAAGCGACAAAGCAAUUGGUUUAAAAGAAGAGCCAGUAAAUUCAUGACUCACGUGGCCUCCCAGUUCGCCUCCAGCUAUGUGUUUUAUUGGCGGGAUUACUUUGAGGACCAGCCCCUUCUGUACCCCCCAGGCUUUGAUGGAAGAGUUGUGGUGUAUCCUAGCAACCAGACCCUAAAGGACUACCUCAGCUGGCGGCAAGCAGAUUGUCAUAUUAAUAAUCUUUAUAAUACAGUUUUCUGGGCACUUAUACAUCAAUCUGGACUAACACCAGUACAAGCUCAAGAGAGAUUACAGGGAACUCUUGCGGCAGACAAGAAUGAGAUUUUGUUUUCUGAAUUCAACAUCAACUACAAUAAUGAGCCCCUGAUGUAUAGGAAAGGGACUGUGUUGAUAUGGAAGAAGGUGGAUGAAGUCACAACAAAAGAAGUUAAGCUGCCAGCAGAAAUGGAAGGAAAAACGAUGACAGUGACCCGGACCAGGACUAAGCCUGUGCCCUUACACUGCGAUAUCAUCGGGGAUGCUUUCUGGAAGGAACACCUGGAGAUCCUUGAUGAGGACAGCUGACCCGUUGCUUUUCUGUCCUGGUGUGCUUAAUCAUGUAGGGUGCCCCAAUUUUCCUUGCCUUUGGUGGCCCUAGCAUCUCUGUCACCUAGGACAAUGUGCUGGAAGUGAUAUGACUCUCUUUGGGAGGGGAAUAGGGAAAGAAGGGAUAUAUGGGGGUGGUGUAUCUUGUUCUGCUCUAAGCAGAACACAUUUUUUGCAGUGUUGGAACAUGGUUCCUUCGGUAGAAGUGCAUUUUUUUUGAAUUGUGGAACUAUUUUUAUAAAGCAAGAACUAUUUUAGGCCUUGCAGACAUGAAUCAUUUUUAGAUUGUGGCAUAAAUCUUUUAAAAUCUGUCAGCUGUUUUCACCUGUGAUAGAAGAUGAGCCCAAACUUUACUCUGGCCCACUUGUCCUAAACUAGAGAAUUCAGUGACCUUGAAAAUCUCACCUUUCCCACCCUUCCAUUUGCAUUCAUCUUUGGCAAACCUCUAAGUCAAUAUUGGCCAAUGCCUGUAUGAUGCCACUGAAAUCAGGAAUUCCAGGGAAAACCCGGCUUUGUGCCAAUCUCCCAAGUUCACAACUCCAGCUGAAAACAUGAGUGGUUGUCUGGACGUCCUCAUAUACAUGUUCCACUGGAUUGAUUUUGUGGAGUUGUAUUGUCAGCACAAUCAUCAUCAUCUUGCCGGGGGCAUUGUUUCCAAGGCCACUUAACCUCUUUCUAAGAAGAGAGAGAAUUAUGUUUAUAUAUGAGAGAAGGAAACCAUGUGUAAGAAUGAAUGAACGAGGAGGGAGAAACAUGGAGUUCAUGAGUUUUAGGAGAACUGGUUGUAUCUCUGUCCUCUAGGUAUUUGUUUUCAGUUUUAAAAGUUGCUUCAAGGGGUACUUCCUGUUGGACUUCCUGAAAAGGAUUCUUGAAAAGCCUCUAUAGAGUCAGAUUAAUGCCAUUUGAAUUAUGAGCAAAAGAGCAGGAGGGUUGGCAGGCCCCUAGGGGUCCUGGUUGACAGUGUCCUAGGAAUCAUAUGGCUUCUCUGCUGGGUGAGGGGCAGCAGAGGGCAGUAGUGAUAAUUGCAUGCUGCCAAGCUGUUGGCUUCACAAGAGAGGAGGUGGUAGAGAUAGGUGAAAGAACUCACAUUUCUUCUUGUCCUUGCUUCGUAUUUUAGAGGAAAAAGAUCACUUGGUCCUAUUAAGAACUAAUUAAGAGACAGCCCACUUCCCAGUGCCUGGUCUCGCUUUGCAGAAUUUACAGCCAAGAAGAAAAUGUUUUUUUGAAAGGGCAACGGCUGGCCUCAUCCCUCACUAAUUGACACCCCAUCUGUCGGUGCCAUUUUUUCCUUCCUGUCCUCUGCACUCCACAGGAAUAGGAGAUGCAGCUUAUGUUUGGUAAUGGCUAAAAUCUCUCUGAGAAAAAAAAGAUAAAGAUAUCAAUUCCCUUUCAUUUAUUUUUCUUGUAUAAAUGCAAUGUAUGAGUCUAAUUUUUGUAUAUUUGUCUUUUAAGCUAGUGUGCUGGUUUGCAUCUGUUAUG